GUGUUGCCACUCUUUAGCAUAAUGUCUCCUCGCUCAGAACAAUUCUAAAAAUUGUCCUCUUAGUGCAGCAUUUGCAUGUUGCACAGGGAUCACGAAAACCCGGAUUCACUCUGUUAUAAUAACUGUAAUUGUUUACUACGAGUCGUAAAAAUAAAAGCAUGACAUUGUGCACGAUCUGACAAUCAAGUAUAAUAAAAUUACAAACCCGAGAACUAAGGAGUACAAUAAAAAAAUAGAUUGGUAACAGAUAGGCGAAUAGGCAGUUUUGCAAUUGUGAUUUGUGAUUAUCACCGAUUACCAGAAUUAAUUGCGCCGUGUCGCUCAGGUAAAUCCUUGUAUUGUCAUGCGAUCGGUCAAUAAGACGAUUUGUGAAGGUGAAGAGUGUAAAAGUAAAGAGACGGUGACAAACGAAUGAUAAAUGUAAAUUGCUACUACACAGCUACAAAUAACUACUACACAGGAAAAUACAUAGCGUGCAACGAACGACAGGUUGCAAAACGUCGUCGGUUUGACAAUGGAGAUUGUUUGAAAGGCCAGCAAGUACUUGACGAUAAUAAGCACAAUGAUAAAUUUGUUUGUAAUAAUGCGGAAUAAAUAUUGUUUCAUGGGAUGAGUUCUUCUCCUAUUUUGGUAUCUCUCUGCGUGAUUCGCGUCGAGGUCGUUGACGAGAAUUCUGAGGAAUCUAAUGGAGCGAUGGCUGCCAAGAUGAGGGGUCGCAGAGAACCAACGAAGAUAAACAUGGAGAACUGCACAAACCUUACGGAGAAACAGGAUCAGUCUCUUCAUUCUCAGGGACCCAGUAAAUCCAGCUCUAUUUCCAGAGCCAAUUCCGAGGAGAACACCUACGACGAUUCAGAGAUAGCCGGUGCGAGUGCUUGCGCCUGCGACCAGAUCAAUUUUAUCUCCGGAAACCCUUUCGUCGAAGUGACCAAAGGAAUUAUACAUUUGUACAAGGAAAACAAGUUGACGGACAUACAUCAUGCAGCGGAACGCACUCAAACUAUCUGCAUUCUGUCAGUACCGGCUACUAUGACCUGUCACGACCUCCUGAGGUUCACAGCACCGUGCCACCAGGACGUCCGACACUUUCGAAUACUCAGAGACGGCAGUCCUAAUCAAUACAUGGCAUUAAUCACUUUCAAAUCAGCCAAUGCGGCGACGGAGUUCUACGGCUCUUUUAACGGGGCUCCGUAUAAUUCCUUCGAGCCGGAUGUUAUUUGCCACAUGGUGUUCGUAUACAGCGUGGAAGUAACGUACAAUGCAAUGCCUUUGUCUGGACAUACAGAAUUGCCGCUCUGCCCGGUUUGCUUGGAGAGGAUGGACGAAAGCGUCGACGGGAUAUUGACGAUCCUCUGCAAUCAUACGUUUCACGCGAGCUGCUUAGCCAAGUGGGGAGACACUUCUUGUCCUGUUUGUAGAUACGCCCAAACGCCGGAAUCGUUUGCCGAUAGUUACUGCAUGGAGUGCAACACUGGGGAAAGUAACGAUGCUCUUUGGAUCUGUUUAAUUUGCGGGCACAUAGGGUGUUCGCGAUAUCAUCAAGGACAUGCCUUCCAACAUUAUCGCGAGACGCAUCAUUGUUACGCCAUGCAGUUAGGAAAUAACAGAGUUUGGGAUUACGUCGGGGAUAAUUUUGUUCAUAGAUUGUUGCAAGAUAAAGAUGGGAAGAUGGUCGAAGGCGGUCCCACGGCGACCAAAGCCGAGGGUGCGGCGAUGGAAGAGAAAGUGGAUUCCGUUCAAUUAGAAUUCACGUAUCUGUUAACGUCGCAGCUCGAGACUCAGAGGCAGUAUUUCGAAGACAGGCUAGCUCGAUUGGAGCAACACUCUAUGUUACAGACUACGGAGCUCAGAGAAAAAGUGGGUCAAGUGUCGGAAGAGAACGCGAAAGUCAAGGAACAAUUGACCACGCUGACUCGGGAGAAACAGAACGUGGAGAAACGGCUGCAACAAGUUAGUAACAAACUGGGGCAAGUACAAACGGAACUCACCGAAGAGAAAGAACUGAGAAAAGCAUUGGAAUUGAAUCAAGCCUCUUGGCAGGAUAAAUACAAGACACUGCAAAACGAGAUGACGGAAUAUCAGAACACGAAACAGACGGAAGUCACUAACUUAAAGGAACAGGUGCAAGAUUUAAUGUUCUACCUUGAUGCUCAAACGAAAGUUGAAAACUCGGAACUGCGAGAAGAGAUCGCGUCGGGUCGUAUAGUGAUCCCUGAGACUUCGAAUUCCGCGAAGAAGAACCAAACUCGACCUUCCAAGUCUCGUAAAAAACGUUGAUAAUGUUCAACUAGUGAUACGUGUAAAAUAUUGAAUUUAAAAUUGUACCUAUAUAUAUAUAUAUAUUUGAAACAGUACCAUGAUUUUGUACGAUGCUUUUAAUUGUGUCAAAAUAAGUGGACGAACUAUUCUCUUUUACUAAUUUUAGGAACGCGAACUUAAUUAUCGUCGAGGAUGUAAACUGGUGAAAUAUAUUAUUUUCGAAUGAAUUAAAAAAAUUUUUCAACGUCUGAUUUAUAUGUUACAUUGUGUUCGUUUUAGAUUAUAGAUAAAUGUAUGAUAUCCGUGUACACAUGGAAAUUGUAAGAAAAUUCAAAUUCUGUUGCAUAUUAAAAAUAAAAGAUGUUGUUUCAUA